AUGGCAGUUUCCUCAUGGGUUCCACCUUCUCUUCCCGAGUCCAGCGCCGCCGCCUCAGGCUCAGGCGAGUCAGGCCUGGUCCUCCUCGACAUGUGGUGCUACAUCGCCGACCUUCCCAACAACACCACCGCCGAGGGCACCACCAGCACCGGCUUGCCUAUCAAGGUGACACUCCGCGCCGCCCGCCCGCCACAUCUCUCCCACUUUUGUGUCCACUGCCCUGGCCUCGACUUCCGCAUAACAGGGCCCAAGAUUGUCGCCACCGACGCACAUCUCGUCCUCCUCUGCGUUCCCAUCCACCCCAACAGCGCCACCGGAGCAUUGGACUGGGACUACUUCGUCUACAGCCCGCGCGCCCAGCGGCUAGAUCUGCUACCCAACCCGGACCCCAUAUGCCUCAACGACUCCGCAACUGCCCUCAUUAGCCGCCAAGACGGCGCUUGGUAUGCCGUCGCUGCUCUCGGUUACGCUAACCCCCUGUACGAUGGCGGCGCGCUCAUUAGGUGGGAGUUCUGCCUCCACCUCUACAGAUCCUCAUCAAAUUCUAAAGCUUGGAUCUCCAAGCGCUUGUCACUGAAUAAGUUCAAGAGGGACAAGCUCAUCCCUUUACCCGCAGCAGUCGAGAGGCUGUACCACGAGACGGAAAAGACCAUCACAAUUGGUGGCGAGCAUGGCACGGUCGCCUGGGUGGACCUCUGGCGUGGCAUCUUCUUUUGCGACGUGCUCAAGAAACGCCCACUGCUCCGGGAUGUUCCACUGCCGGUGCCGGCAAGGUCUAACUGGGAUCGCCUCCUCAUAAAUGAUGACCCCGGCUAUUUCCGGGACGUAACUAUCAGCCGAAACAAAGACUCGAUCAAGUAUGUUGAGUUGGAAUUCCGGUCAAUAGAAGUGCUCAACCCCGCCACCACCCCUGUUUCCUACACCAACUGGGUGGCGGUGAAGAAUUCCUCAAGGAAAUCUCUUCAUGUCAUCCGCGAUGGCUGGAAGUCCACAACAUGGAGCAUGGCAAUACCCGUUGGUUUGCAGGAGCGCUGGAACCGUGACUGUGUAUUUGAUGUUAAAGACAUCAGCUUGGAGCCAUGCCUUUCUGAUCGCAUGGCUAUGCUGAGCAGCAAGACCAUGAAGGAACUUCAAGUGGGACACCCCAUCCUAAGCAUGGAUGAUGACAUCGUUUACUUGCUUUCUGAAACCACACCCAAGCACAUGGACAAGUUGGCACUGAUGUUUGCUAUUGAUGUGAAGAAGUCAACACUGCGAGGAUUGGCUGAGCUUGAUGUCAAGAAGUUCGAUUACCUGUCCAGCUUCUGCACUAGUGAGAUCUGCAGGGGUACCUGA